AGCAAGUUAUCGAUAGGAAGGGAGCGAGUGUAGAGUCGAGAGUCAAGUGGAAAAGUUGUCAAAAGCGGUUGUUACUAAAUCUAAAUUUCGUCAUAAGUCUAUAUAAUUAAAUGUUAAGCUAUAUUUUUUGUUUAUAUAAACCAUAUAAGCGGAAAACUUGCCCUAAUGCUCGCUCAUGAUUCCAUCCUGGACAUGGCAACAAAUGCCGCAUGCAUAUACAUUGCGCACAAGAACAAUUCAGAGAACAGGCUGGUUACAAGCCCAGAAAGGCAAGGAGACAACAGAGGGCCGAGAAAAGCCUCCCUGCUGGUUGCACAAGCAAUCGGCGACAAACGCCUUGGAAUGGCACGGUCUAUUCUCUGACUAGAGCUUCAAAUUACCGCAAGCCGAUAUUGACGACCCAGAGAAAGCAGCUAACGGCUCGAUCGGCCAUUUCAAAUCUAGGCGUCAUCGGUGCUGUCAAUCCAAUAUAAAAAUUGUCUUUAAGUAGCCUGGGAGGCGAGAAGAGGAAGUCAGCAGGAUGGUAAAACCUAAGCCACCGCUAUACGCCGCGCUGAGCCCUAGUGGCUCGGCGAUUGUUAAAAAGUUUAAAAGUUAAAAAUUUUACUGAAUCGAAGUUGCCAGAAGCAGUAACGUAGUGUAAAGCAUCGUUCGGCGAUGAAUUCCCUACUUUCCUCAUUGACAUACAGCUCUAUCACGAUGUUGUCGCAGAACUGAGGGACCUGCCGCUCCACAUCAUUGCAGUCUAGGGUGGAGCGAUUGACCACGGCCCACUUGUCGGUGUUUAGGCCCGGGUUCUGCGACUCCUCACGUCCUCAGGAAGCCGAAGAACUCGAUUAAGGGCUGGCAGGAGUGCGGCGGGCACAUACCAUGGACGGCUGACAUGACCCAUUGGGCGGUUUCCUCAUCCUCGCAGACCACUAGCAUGCUGGAGUCGAACGUCUGCGGAUAGAUACUCGUAAGGCCCACAGUAUUAAAAAAAAUCAGCUGUUCGCUAGCACACUUUUAAAAGCUGUCAACAAGUUUUGUUGCCACUUUUCAAGAUAUAUUAACAUCGAAAACUCGACUUUACGCCAAGAAAAUCGAUUUCUGGACCACAGUUCACUGCGAGUAUUCUUACUCGAACCAAUUCCCACACAAAUAAUGGCGUGCAAGUCGGAGCCGAGGACCAGCAGCAGCGCAGUGGAGCAACUGGUGGAGUGCAAAAAUAGGAAAAUAGGAAUUGCAGAAGGCGGGAUACUUGGCCGCCGUAUGCGAACACAAUGCCCGAGAACCGGCGAUACGGUCUGGUGAUAACAAACCAGAGUUCGGACGCGGACGGUGUGGACACCGUUGCCCUAAUUGUGAACGCCAACCGACGCCGAUGCAAUGCCGCGCUGUUCUUCUUACUUGUAACGGGGAUUUCAUCUGGCGCUGCUGUUUGCCACCAUAGGCUUCAUACCUCAACCUUAGCUAACAUGACGUUCGACUCCAGCAUGCUAGUGGUCUGCGAGGAUGAGGAAACCGCCCAAUGGGUCAUGUCAGCCGUCCAUGGUAUGUGCCCGCCGCACUCCUGCCAGCCCUUAAUCGAGUUCUUCGGCCUCCUGAGGACGUGAGGAGUCGCAGAACCCGGGCCUAAACACCGACAAGUGGGCCGUGGUCAAUCGCUCCACCCUAGACUGCAAUGAUGUGGAGCGGCAGGUCCCUCAGUUCUGCGACAACAUCGUGAUAGAGCUGUAUGUCAAUGAGGAAAGUUGGGAAUUCAUCGCCGAACGAUGCUUUAAACUACGUUACUGCUUCUGGCAACAUCGAUUCAGUUUUGAUUGCUAGGACGUUUUUGGGUUUUCCAAAUUAUUUGUUAAUAUUUUUUGGCUAUUUACUCGAAAUAGUAAAAUUUUAUGAAAUUAGAAAAGUAAACGUGAAUAAAAGUUAUUAAAAAAAAAAAAUAUGGCGGCUUCGCGGCAACUGCA